CCAAACACCCCCCAUUCUCUCUCUCUGAGCCAAAAACCCUAGCUGAACCCUCGAAAUCCCCCAAAUUCGAAACCCUAGGAAAUUUCAACCAAUGUCGUCGGCAUUGAUUCUCAGAUCCCGCCUGGCCUCCUCGUUGUCGAAACGGUACAUUCGCUUUCUCAGCUCCGACGUCGUUUCGGGGGCUCCCAAAGAGCCGUUGGCGCCUUCUUCUGCUUCCGUUGCCGCUGCUACUUCUACGGCUUCUUCUAGUGCUGGGAAUGGUGGUGAAGGUGCGGGUGCUGGUGUUGUUGCUGAUCAAGCUCCUGUAGAGUCUUCGAGCAACAGUAAAGGUUGGAGGUUUCUCAAGUACGGUCUCAUCGGAGCUCUCACCGGCGGCACCGCCACCGCCGGCUACGCCUCCUACGCAUACACUACGGAUGAAAUAGAUGAGAAGACAAAGGCAUUACGGGCAUCAGCAAAUUUGUCCGUCGCAGAGGAUGCGCCUACUGUUGAAAAAUUUCAAAAUUUGCUGUACUCUGCUGCAAUGACAGUGCCUGCUAAAGCAACUGAACUUUACCUGGACCUGAGGAGGCUAGUUGAAGAGCAAGUUCAGGGUUUUUCGGAACCGUAUGCAGAAAAGCUUCUUCCUGAUUUGCAUCCCGCAGAGCAACAUGUUUUUACUCUUGUUCUAGAUCUACAAGAGACCCUAAUUCAUUAUGAUUGGACGCGAGAGAAAGGCUGGCAAACUUUCAAAAGACCCGGAGUUGAUGCUUUCUUGGAACAUCUGGCUCAGUUCUAUGAAAUUGUUGUGUAUUCUGAUGAGCAGAGUAUGUUUGUAGACCCUGUUGUUGAAAGGCUGGAUCCCAAGCAUUGCAUACGAUAUAGGCUAUCUAAGGCUGCUACUAAGUACCAGAAUGGGAAGCAUUACAGAGAUCUUUCAAAACUUAACAGAAAUCCUGCGAAGAUUCUGUAUUUGAGUGGCCAUGCACUGGAAGGUUGCCUUCAACAUGAGAACUGUGUUCCUAUUAAGCCAUGGAAGAAGAAUGAUGCAGAUGAUACAGCUCUUUUGGACUUUAUACCAUUUCUUGAAUUUGUUGCCCGUACCAGUCCAUCUGAUAUCAGACAAGUACUGGCAUCUUAUCAAGGGUGUGAAAUCCCAUCAGAAUUCAUUAGGCGUUCUAAAGACUAUCAGAGGCGAAUGCAAGAACAGAAACAGCAGGGUCGUUUCUGGAAACGUUGAGGCCAGGAUAAUGUAAAAACAGGUGAAGGAGAAACUGUAGGACUGGAUUCCUGUUUGGGGUAAGAAGAAAAGUAUAAGGCACUGUUAUUGAAGGUAUCAAGCAAAUUUUCUUGCAAACCAAAGCCAUUUCAGCCAAUGAUUUUGAACUGCAUCAUAUAAAUUCUGACUAGAGACUACGUAUUUUUGUUUCACCGUAGUUGACCUCACAUUUUUUGCAUCUAUAUUUCUGUUCCUUGUGGGGAAACAGAAUUUUGGCUUACAGCAAUUGAAGUUUCUACUUGUUCAUAAGGUUAACCUGCAGAAGAAGAGGGUUGUAAUUUAGUUGCUUGAAAAACGUGGUUUCUAUUUACGAUGCCUGCCAGCAACAAGAAUACCCCGAACAUUUUUUACAGAAAUCAACAUUGUUUGAUGAAUUUUACCUAUUUGGUAUGCAUAUUAUUUUUGUUUGACUGGAACCAAGGGAUGAUCAUGGUGAGCACCACUUCUAUAGGUCAUAUGAAAGAUGAGUGCCAACUAUAUAUUGAUUUAAUGUAAUUAUUUACUGGAUUGGAGCCAAGAUAUGAUCAUAAUGAGCACCAACUUUAUAGGUCAUAUGAAUAAUGAGCUCUAACUUUGUAGGUCAUGAUUGAAACUCUUUUUUGAUGCCCUAUUGGGUCUUCAAUCCCACUAAUUAUCAUAUGCAUGGCGGACUUCAUGUUGGGAGAGGCUUGUUGCAUUUAUCGGUAAUAGGAGAUACCAUCUACACAAUAUGAGAGGGAGGAUGCAUAUGCCGGAGUAAUAAAAUAUCUUCUCACUCACUCCAUGCUGUCUGGUUGGUUUAGAUUCUCUUUCUUUCUGGUUAUGCCACUCUUUCUCCACAUGUUAAAGGCUAAUAGUUACUGUCCGAGACGACUUGAGAUGUUACACUACAUGUCUCUUUGGACCAAGGAAACCCAGCUUUGGGGCAAAGUUAUUGGAUGUGGGUUCCAUAUUGGAAUACUUUGUACCUAUCAAAAAAAUGUAUGGGGCUUGGUUUGAUGAAUUUUCCAACAAAUUCCUAGUAGUUUUCUA